CCUGCAUAAAAAAUGCUAAGCAUUUGAUCUAUCUGUCCAAACAUGAGAUGCUAACUGGAAAUCGAAGAAACUUAGAUUUGGUAUGGGGUUGUAUGUUUAUGCACUAAAAUGAGUACAACUCCAACUGGGUCUAGUUCAACAGCUGGUUCUUGGUUUUCAGGCAUUGUACGAGGUCGUUUUGACAAGUCUUCUACUAGUCCCAAAAUGGCCAACAAUUCAGCAGACUUCACUGGAACUAAUGUGGGCCCAGUUAAUAAGAAGAAACAGUUUCAAGGGGUUUUGUUUAAGUAUGGUCCUAAGUCUAUUCAGGUUGCCUUUAAAACUGGUGACUAUAAACAGCAAGCUAUAUUUGUUGGAGGGCUGACAGAUGGAUUUUUGGCUACCGAUUACUUGGAACCUCUUGCUAUUGCUCUUGACAAAGAGAAAUGGUCACUAGUCCAGUUUCUGCUCUCCUCUUCUUACAGUGGAUAUGGCCUCUCAAGUUUAAAAGAAGAUGCCAUGGAGCUUGAUCAAUUGAUUAGUUACUUCAUAAAUAAAGAAGAUUCUGAGGGUGUGGUCCUGAUUGGACAUAGUACUGGCUGUCAGGAUAUUGUGCAUUACAUGCGGACGAAUUUUGCAUGUUCUAGAGCAGUCCGCGGAGCCAUUUUGCAGGCUCCGGUCAGUGAUCGGGAAUAUAAAGCAACUCUUCCUGAAACUGCGGCUAUGAUUGAUAUGGCCUCAAAGAUGAUUAGUGAGGGCCGAGGGUCUGAAUUAAUGCCCAGAGAAGCAAAUCCAGAUUCGCCUAUAACUGCCUAUAGAUACCAUUCCCUCUGUGCAUACAUGGGUGAUGAUGAUCUAUUCAGCUCUGACCUUAGUGAUGAUCAGUUGAAACAGAGACUAGGACACAUGUCAAACACGCCAUGCCAGGUUAUUUUUUCUAUGGGUGAUGAGUACAUACCGGAAUAUGUAGACAAGAAAGCAUUGGUUGACAGAUUGUGUAGAGCAAUGGGUGGUGCAGAGAAAGUUGAGAUUGAAUAUGGCAAUCACUCUCUGUCUAACAGAGUUACUGAAGCUGUUCAAGCAAUAAUGGACUUUGUAAAGAGAGGACCUACUGGAUGGGAUGAUCCUUGGAGCUAAACUUAAAUGGUCUCCUCCUGUAACUUCAAUUCACUUCUAAAUUUCCUCUAGCUCGUAUCGUGUCUUAGCGCAUCUCCAUGAAUUUCUUGCUAUUUAGAAGCCCGUACGGUACAGGACUAGAGGUUGCUCAAGCUGAAUUAUGUUGUGAGAAUUCAGGAAUUGUUACUCAAAAUCAUUAAGCAGUGGAAUAUAAAUUUUGGUACAGUUUAAAGAGCUAGCAAAUUUAUGUUGCAUACAACAAUUUUGGGUUUAUUUUAUAAUUUGCUUAGAACCAUGAUAUAAUGCAUGUUAUGUUCUGGAAUUGCAUUA